UAAAACACGAGUCGACUGUCAAUUCUAAGUGUGACCCUGGUCAGAUGUUCGAGACAGAACAACGGAACGUUGUUAAUAGACGUAAAUAAAAACCGGACUGGUGUAUUCAUGUAACGGGAAUUUUGAUAUAGUGGAUUUUUGGUUCUAAUUGAUAGUUACAUGUUUCCAAUAUGACCUGGACUAGCCGCUACAGCGAGAAGUGGCCUCGUUUGACAGCCCUCUUUCACUUGGAUAAUGGAAUUGACACAGAAAUUCACGAAAAUGGACGUUACGAAACGACCUUUCAGGAAACUAAUUCGGAACCUUUCUAUAAAUUCUAUCUUCAUCCGGAUGACAUCGGGAGAGGCAGGAGUGUGAGUCAGUAUUCCAUGCAGAAUGCUGGUAGAUCGGCGGGGAAAAGCUCGAGUUCCAAAUCCUGCAACAUACGGGUAUUUCUUGGAACAAUGCUGCUAUUCAGUUUGGCGGGAGUGGUAGCAGUCGCCGUGACUUUAGCUGUAUUGUUGUCUCAACCACAUGCUUCAUCGCACAGUCCGAUAAAAAAUGACGAUGAAGCAUUUUCAAAGGAAUUUCUGUCACAAAAAGAGAAGGUUUUGUCACAUGAAUUAUGCGGGUUGAUGAAGGAUAUGUUUAAGCUGGAUGCUAACGAGAAUCGCCCAGUGCAGGACUGUUCCGUGUCUCUUCUGAUUCAGGAUGGACAUAUGAAAGUUAAUUUCAAAGUUCCAGCAACGGAUAAACUGAUACAGGAAGAAAUAGAGAAAAUCAAGAAAAAUGUUUUAAAGAAUAUCAAGGACGUAGAUAUUGGGCUCGGCGUCGUAUCCAACACUGACGACGUAAGUAUUUACAAACAGGACGACAAGAAAUUGACUACAGUGGAGAUAAUUUUAACAACGACUAAGCCUCUCUCUGGUGUGACACAUUCAACAACGUCACACGACAUCAUUACCACGAAGGAUAUAGAAACAGCGAAAAUGGAAACUGCUGAAGACGAAAAGGUACCAAAAGCAACAGACACCCAAAUAUUAACAACUGAAUCAACGGACUACACGCAAUCAAAGGAAACAACUGCGUUACCUCUUGAUUCGACAACUGGACAGAGAAUACAAAGAACCACAGGGCCACUUCCUGAUCACACCAGCAUUAAUGAUGUUCCGUUUUUAUCUCACCUUAACAAAACAGUAAAAGAUUUGAUUCAAGACUUUCACAAUGAAUUUGAAGUUACAAAAGAUCCAUUUAUGGAUCACGAUCACUUAGUCUCUGACUUCGAACACAUAAAACAACACUUAAAUGGAAUGGGUCAUACCCGACUGCAGUACGUGACCUCAACGGUAAAAUCAUCGACAGACUACAAUGAGAGUCCUGUAACUCCGUCUGAAAGAAAUCAACACCUUGAUCUAAAUUUGGAUGCCAAUGAUACAUUUGAUUUCACUGGAUUAGAAUUUCCUCAAGGAAAUUCUUCUUUCAAGGAAGAAAGCCUGAAUGACGACACUUUGAUGAUUAAUAAUCAAAAUAUCACAAAGUCGUCAAGUGCGUUUAAGUUUCUAGACAGCUCAAGAUUUACAAAUUCCACUGAUAACGCAACUGAUCUAGAUGAUUCAUCAAAACUAGGCACUAGUCGUUCAUUGAAUAAUUCCCACCUGGAUUUCAAUUUCAACGAUACAUGGAAAUCAAAUAGAGAGACAACUUCAAAAUAUCCCAUAGACGACUCAGAUACAAAACCAACGACAACCAGUCGUAUUAACCUUGCAAGGUCCACACCGAUUGUUACAUCAAAGGAUAUCACCACGGUAUCUCCAUACAAGUCUUUAGUAUUGACUACGCCUUCCCUACAAGAUCUAUAUCAGGAUUUCUUGUGGAAUUUUGGUGCUAGGAUAUCAACAACUUCCAAACCAGACAUUCCAUUUCAUGAUCACACAGCCCAUAGCUCCCCACACACCGAAUAUCAACACGACGAAAAACAUGGUCUUAGUCACUCACCCAUGAACGUCAAAACGGAAACCAUUGGACCUGAGCUAAAACUAACUGAACAUUCACAUUUCAAUUUUCAUGGACUGUCAUUGGAACAAAAUGACACUUUCAAUGAGACAAACAGAGAACACGACACCACACAUAUACACAAACACGAUGAAACUGUGCCUCAUCAUCAUUUUUCUUUUCCGACGUCCCUCCCAGUGAAUCCCAUAUCAACUAAUAAACUAUUCAAAGGGCUUAAGUUUAACUUCGAUGGACUAUCACAUAAUUCUAGUGUUUCUCAAGACCCAAAUGGAACUUUGAUUACCACUGUCGACAGCUUAAACCAGGUUAGAGAUCCGAAGAAAGAAAAUUUCAAUGAGACAGUAAAAGUGCAAGCCAUGAGAGAAUUAAAGAAAGUAGACCUUAAUUCACUUGUCACACCUAUAUCAAGUUUCUCGUCUACUUAUAUGGAGCCAGAAAGUCCCUUUUCUACUACGCAUGGGAAUAGCUCCACGAUAUUACCAACAUUUCCCUCUGAAGUUCUCUUAUCAAGCACAAUACAAGCAGAACGAGUUUUAUCCAUGGUCUCAGAAAACCCCUUGGAUACAUCUCACUUGCUUACUCAAAAAGUCGCUGCAGGAGAUGCCAUGUCAAGCAGACCACAUUCGUCUUAUAGGACGAAAGACGAACAAUCGAAAAGUUUGAAUCAAAUGAAACUCUCCGUUAUGAAAGACACCCAAUUUGAUGGGAUUCAUAAUGCGGUGUCUGAACAUAUCAAAGAACCAUCUUACUCAACACACGAUAAGCCUGCAGUAGAUUAUACUAAACCACCUUUGAUAUAUUCAUCUAGUGCGGUUCUAUUUGAAGAAGUGUCCAUCAGUUCUAAAGCAUUUGUACUGGAUGACAUUUCAUUCCCACAACAUUUAUCUUUUCCUGAGCAAAGACUUGUGGACCACACACUACUGAAAUUACCUGUGAUGUCAACUCGACCCACCCUUGAUGCUUCAUUAUCAAUUAACCAUUACGACUUUAAUCAAUUACAUGAGCUAGGAGCGGAAACUCAUACAGCAAAGUCUUUAAAUACACUUCUACAAAGUGAUACUUUGAAAAGAAAUUUGGAAAGUGCAACAUACGCAUCUUCUCAUUCACAAAGAUUAGUUUCAUCUUUCGAAAAACCUUUAGAUUUUGAUAAGACAUCCGUUAUUUCCUCAUUCACAGCACUGUCAGAAAAACCUCCAAGUAGUUACCAAAGAAGUCAAACGUAUGAUAUUUCAAAAAAGAGCAUUUAUUUUCCAAAUAAUUACGAUGUUUCAAACGAUACAGAUUUGUUUUCUCUAAAAAAUCGUUCUCCCGAAGUGCUUUCAAAUCAUCUAACAUAUAACCAACCUAAUAUUAAACUCUCUGCAUAUCCAAGUCUGGUACACCUCUCUACAUUAAAUUAUCCGAUGUCAUCGCAAAUACUAUCUAAUGAACUGUCCAAUCUUCCAUUCCAUAAACCUCUAUUUACCCAAGAAUUGAAAUCAAUUCAAGUUCAAAAUAAAGGGGUGGAUCAUUUGUCGUCGGGUAAAUGGAUUCAGCCUUCUAAAACAUUUUUCGAUACAUCUAGUGUUAUUCUACAUGAAACAGUGAAUGAGCCGGGAGCCUCGAUUAACACUUUUAGGAGUGGUUCAAGAAUCGAGAGAAAUGAAACAUAUGCACAAACCCCAAUUUCUUCUUCCUCAAGUAUAUUUGUUGACAAUAUUAAGAAUACUCGGAGUGAUAUUGCAUUAAAUAAGAAGAAUCCCUCAUCAGUUAAUACACAUGUUUAUCUAGAUGACAUAACGUUCCCAGAACAGCCAUGGCUUAGAGACUUGGACAUUUCACACACGAAUUCGUACACAACACUUCUCCCAAGCAAUGUCCUUGAAUCUAGUAUGACCGACUCUUUGAAUUCCAAGACACAUCAUUCUACUAUCGUUUCAUCACACAUGUCACAAGGAAAUUCUGAUAUUCAUAAAAUGCGUCGAUCAUCGUCUCCUGCAACUUUGGCAUCCAGCUCAUCACAUAAGGAAAUACUUUCUAUUGGCUCAAAUGUGGAACCAAUUCAUGAUAAAGAAAUAGGAGUAUUUCAAACAAAUCUUCCAUGGGAUGCACUCUACAUAAAACCAACAAAGUCAAGCCUUUUAGAUAAUGUGCCGUCGAGAGAUAGAGGGCAAAGAAAACACCAAGGAAAAUUGACAGUUCUUCAUCUUAGUAGUUCUUCAGAUGUCGGUACGAGAAUUCAUCACCGCACCCCAACGAUAUCUGUCUAUACCGUCACACAUGAACCAAUUGUUUAUCUCACUAUUGAUACGCGUCCAGUGAUAGAUUCCUCCUUGUUGAUACAACCGACACCCAGAGUAUCUUUACAAGCAACAUUUUUCCAAGAUCGUAAAAAGCUGGAGAGUCUUCGUAUUCAGGGAAGACGGGGAGUGUUAAAGAUAAAGAGGGGUUCUGACGGCUCUAGUUCUGGAAGGAAUACGGAAAUUCCUACGAAAGUUGAUGUAACUACAGCACGACCAAAGCUGACAGCAGCUCAAGUCGCAGCUGUUCGAAGGAAACUGGCUCGACUGAGAGCAGCUAGGAUGCAGAAUUUUCGAAGACGACAAAAUUCGUUAGCACGCAUGCAGUCUGGAAUCACGGACGAUUUCCCGCUAAGACGCCAAAUAUCCGGUAGUAAUACAGCAACAACCCUGGUGGGGAGAGGUCUUAAUGUGAAUAACAGUGGAAGACGUUCAUUACAGAAACCGACAGCGCCACCUAGGACUCGAAGGACGACAGAAAAUCCUCGACAACGUAUUGACAGAAACAGACUGUUCCCCGGUUUUAACGCUGACAACCAAUUCAAUAGAAAUUUUUUCAAUAACAUGCGAUGGAACGGAUGAUCAAAUGCAUCUUGUAAUAUUGAUUGUCUCGUAUAUAAUUGACGUUUUGAUUUGCCUCAUUUUAUCAUGCUCUAAAACAUUUUUGACAUUUUGUACAUAUUCUACAUUCAAUAAUAUGUACAUGUAAGUAAGUAGACAGUUAAAAUAUUUGAUAAUGGUUUGUUGUGACAGAAGAAUAUCAUAUCGCUCAAUAUACUUGUUAUAAAAAUAAAGAAAUCCAAAGG